AUGUCGGCGGAGAAGGUCGGGUACUCAAGCGUUCCUGUUGCUGAGAAACAUGAAGACUCGCUGGAAACAAAUCCGCCGAAAGGUUUCGGAGUGCGCCAUGUUCAAGCACUACUUCUUUUCAUGAGUUUAUCUGUUGGUUUGACAAUGAGAGCUCACCUUAGUGUUACAUUAGUGGCUAUGACAGGUCAUGGAAUACAAAACUCUAAUGUGAUUUGUAGUAAUUUGAUACAUGAUAACAGAAUAUUUAAUUCGAGUAUAAAUUCAACUGUCAAUGCUGAUUUCAAAAUUUUAAGUAAAAUGACUACAGAAGAUUGUACAGGAAAUAAUCAAACAUCAUUUUGGAAUAUUUACCGUACGUACAACUGGUCGAAACCGAAACAAGAAAUGAUAUUAUUCGCGUUUUUCGUCGGUUACACAAGCGGGAUGAUUCCCAUGGGACUGAUAGCACAGAAAUUUGGCGGGAAACUGCCGAUUUGCGUUGCGUUGGCUGCGAAUGGGGUGUUAUCAAUUUUGACGCCAUGGAUGCCUUUAUUUGGUGGCUGGAUAUCAGUAUGCAUCGGGCGACUUUUUCAAGGAAUUACACAGGCAGCAUUUUACCCCAGUAUUCACACACUCCUUGGGAAAUGGGCACCACUUUCCGAGAGAGGGCGUCUCAGUACUUACAUUUAUACAGGUUCUCAAUUUGGUACAAUCCUGGCAUUUCAAUUAGCGGGCUUUUUUGCUGGUAGUCCCAAAUUCGGAUGGCCGUCAACAUUUUGGUUAUGUGGUGUUUGUAGUCUUAUCUGUUGUGGCCUUCUGUGUUUCUUCGGAUCGGCUACUCCCGGUGACCACCCAAGUAUAAGUUCGGAGGAAUUAAUAUACAUCACAAAGGAUGGAAACGCGGACAUUGUUCCUAAGAAACGCAAAAUCCCUUGGAAGCACAUUUUAACUUCAAAGCCUAUUUGGGGCUUGGUAGCUGCACAUUGCGGUAGCGCCGUAGGAUACUUACUGGUAUUUACACAAAUACCGAUGUACAUGAACAAAGUACUUGGAGUUGAUAUAAAAAGGAAUGGAUUGUAUUCAUCAUUGCCAUAUAUUUCGAUGUAUUUAAUGUCAUUGUUUUUUGGGUAUCUAUCUGAUAUUGUAGCAAACAAAAAUCUGAUGUCAGUAGCUAAUAUAAGGAGAACAGCAAACACAAUCGGUAUGACAAUAUCGGGACUCUUUUUAAUUGGAUUUAGUUUUGUCCAUGACACGAUGGUUGCUGUGAUCUUACUGGUGCUUUGUCUGGGUUUCCAUUCAGGCGUUCAAGUCGGUUUUCAUAUAAACGAGAUAGACUUGGCUCCCAACUUUGCUGGGCCAAUAAUGGCGAUAGGAAAUAUGCUCGCUAACUUAUCAGGGCUGGGGGUUCCGGUUCUUGUGUCCAGUAUUGUUGGUGAUGACGUGACAAAUCAAUCUAAAUGGCAGAUAGUGUUCACUUUAUUUGCUUCCUUACAAUUUGUAACAAAUUUAGUAUUUGUUAUAUUCGUAAAAGGCACGGUACAACACUGGAACUUCUACUGCGGUGAUGAAAAAGAAAACAAAGUAGAAAAUUACUGCGCAAUGACAGAACUCAAGGCUAUUUCAUCGCAGAACAUCGAGAAGGAGAAAAUUGAAAACAAUAAAACUGCAACUAGUGGGAUAUAA